AUGGACCUGAGUAGGAGGCUAGGUAUUAGGAGUUAUGCUCAAUUUGGUAAAUCCCCUAGAUUUCCCAAUAGCCAGAAUGUUUUGCCUUUAUGGAAAGAUUUGGAGGAUCAUGUGGCUCUUUAUUCUAUUCAGGGUAACUGGGAUUGGGUGAAAAUUAAGCGAUUUCUCCCUAGUCCUAUUUGUAAUUCUAUUGCUCUUAUUGAACUGCCCGUUUUAUCUAAUAAUAAGGGCAAGGGACACUAUAGCUGUUACAGCCUCAGCGUCAAAUUAGAUACCUUCCCUCCUCCACAAAAGCAGUUCAAAUUAAAUAGUGAUGGUUCUGUCUUUCAAGCUUUGGAAAAAAUAAAUGCCAAGAAACUUCUCUUUCAGAACGACGAUUACAAAGUUGGAAGUAAAGGAUGUACUAAUUCUCGGAAAAGAAAAAUAGAAGCAACUGGGAUUGUGCCCAGUGAUAGGUUGUCUUUUCAGUUCCACUCUCCACCCCUCACUCAGCAAACCGGCCUACGUUUAUCAUUAGACGACGAACAACUACAAAGAUUACAAUUACAACAAUUGCAUCAACAAGAACAAAAACUACAGCAAUUGCAUCAUCAACAAAAUGGAUGUAACUCAUUGUCAGAAAGUUUAGCUUUGCAAAUCAAGCAUCAAUUGAGUGAAAUAGACCAAUUUCUUCUUGUCCAGAGCCAACUAUUACGGACGGCAUUGGCGGAAAAAAGACAGAGACAUUACAGUGAACUGUUAGCGGCGGCAGAGGAAUCUGUGGCGCGGAGACUAAGAGAAAAAGAAGCGGAAGUGGAGAAAGCCAAACGAUGGAACGCGGAGUUAGAGGCACGCGCGGCUCAACUUAGCGCGGAGGCGCAGGCUUGGCAAGCCAAAGUUAAGGCUCAGGAAGCCACGGCGGCUUCGUUAAAGGCGCAACUGCAUAACGCAGCAGAGGAAAGAGGAAAAAUGUUAUCGUGCGAUGCAGAUAGACAAGCAGAGGAUGCGGAGUCAGCGUAUGUUGACCCGGAGCGCUUGGCUAUGUUUGGUCCUAGAUGCAGAGGUUGUGGGGAUAAGAUGGCUUCGGUGGUGGUGUUGCCGUGUCGGCACUUAUGCAUAUGCACCCAGUGCGAUAUGCAUUUCAGGGCAUGCCCCGUUUGCCUCACCCUUACGAAUUCAACCCUUCGAGUCUCUUUAUCUUAG